AUGGCUCGCCGGCGAGGCCAGCACGGCCUAAGGGACACAUUGUCGGAUCUGGCAGGGGAUGUCUGGCACAGCGCCUUUCUUCCCGAGGCACCCACAGACAGCUGCAGCAGCUGCUGCGGGGGAUCGUGCUGCUGCAGCAACACCAGUAACACCAGCAGCGCAAGACUCGAACAGCUGCUGGUGGCGCUGCUCGGCAGCAGCGAGGAGACAGUUCGUCUUGAAGCAGUUAAACUGUUGAAUGCCUUCUAUGAUAGGUAUUUAGGUCGCGCAUGCAGGAUGAGUGUUUAUUCUUAUCAUCCACUACAGUGGGAACGGCCUAUUGAGAGCCGAGAGGAUCAGCAGCAGCUGCAGAAGCAGCUGAAAGAUCAGAAGGAGGAGCGGCUAUUGCUGCGAAAAGCCGCAAGUUUCCGAUCCUCAAGCAAGGCACCCGUCUUUGCCGCAGGCGUUGCUGCUGCACCGCCACAGGCAGCAGCAGCAGCAGCUGCUGCUGCAACAGCACCAGCAGCUGCUGCAACAGCACCAGACACGCAUACCCUCUCUCCCCCAGGGUCGGCCUCAGCGUGGCAGCCUCAUCAGCAACAGCAACAAGAUCCAACAUCUGCUGCACAGCAGCAGCAGCAGCAGCAACAGCAGCAGCAGCAGGAUGGAGAGCCUAAGAAGCGCAGCACCUUGUGGCUCGGUCGAGUUGACUUUGGCGUUUUUACGAGAUGCGGAUUUUUUGAUUGGAGGAUUUGCAGAGCCAACGAACAAGAAGGCACCUGGUCCGUAGUUGAGAGCGCCGGCAGGCGGCAGGCUGCUGCUGCUGCUGCUGCUGCUGCUGCUCGGGGCAGCAGCAGCAGCAGCGGCAGCGGCAAAGGGGGUCGUGCCGCUGCAGCGGCUGCGCAUGCGUUGAGGCAGCGCCAGCAGCACCUCCAGCAGCAGGCAGGAGUAGCUGUUGACGAGUGUUACCCUCUCCAAGGUCGAGUCAUUGUACUGCCGGAGGGUUACCGAGAGCUUCAGCCUCAUGAAAUCUUCGUCGAUCAGCACGAGGCACAGUGGCAUGAAGAAACAGGAGCUUUAACGCAGCGAGGCUCCUUCGAGAGUGUAGCCAGCAGUGCGCGAUCUCUGCGGAGUCUCAACAUCAACGCGCUGUUUGUCAGCGGUGCUCAGGAAAGAGCAACUGGCAUGCCCGUGUAUACGCGGCUAGAGGACGUUUCUUACGAGAAUGCAGACGCAACUCCAUUCGCAUCGCCAUGUAGGGCAAGCCCUUGCGCUCUCCUGGGAGGAUCCUCUGGAUUCUUCGAAUUGGUGCAAGAGUGCCAUCGCGAAGGCAUGCGCGUCAUGGUAGACGUUUCAACGCGUGUAGCAGCCACGCAUCCUCACCGGCAUUACUUGCCCCUCUUGCUGCAAUACGAAGAUGCUGAGGGAAAGACAAAUUUCUUGUACGGAGGCGAAACGCGAGGCAUCAAGCGGGGGGAAACAGCCCUCCUUAAUUACCGAAAAGUAGCAAGCUGGAAUAGAUUUGCACUGGACGUUUUAGCGUGGAUCCGCAAAUUCGGUGAGAACACACCCUCUAAAUUCUCUGUCUCUCUCUCUCUUGAAAUGCAUGCUCACACCCCAGUUGGUUAA